CUUGCCUCUGCCCUGAGGCGCGGUCGUGUGCUUUUUAUUUCCUGCCGAUGCGCAUACGCCCCCAUUGGGUCCUUCGCUUGGCUUUGGUGCUUCUUCGUUUCGCUUUCCUGUGCAUGCUUCAUCUGUUGGUGAUGUAUUUGGUGAUCAGAUCAGAUGCUGGUGGUUUAGUUUGCGACCGUUUCUCUUUGUUUUUCCCUCGUUUUUCGUACGUUUUGGGGUAGGUUUCGUGUGUUUUCUCUUGUCCUUUUUCUGGUGCAUUUUUUUAUAAUUAUUUUGCCUAAAAUAACUUUGGUGUUCUUAAGUGCUAAUAGUCUUUACUACCAGUGGUACUAUUACAAGGACGGCAUCAACAUUUUCGUUCCCCACUUUAUCCGUGCCAUGGCUGGACCUGGUGUUCUCAAUGAGCGUAUCCUUUCUUCCAUGUCCCAGAAACAUGUUGCUGCUCACCCAUGGCAUGAUUUGGAGAUAGGACCAGGGGCUCCUGAAGUGUUCAAUUGUGUGGUUGAGAUUCCUAGAGGCAGCAAGGUUAAGUAUGAGUUGGACAAGGCAUCUGGUCUGAUCAAGGUGGACCGUGUCCUUUAUUCCUCUGUUGUUUACCCACAUAACUAUGGUUUCAUUCCACGCACACUCUGUGAGGAUAGUGACCCCAUGGACGUCCUCAUACUGAUGCAGGAACAAGUUGUCCCUGGGUGUUUCCUGCGAGCUCGUGCUAUUGGGCUCAUGCCUAUGAUCGAUCAGGGCGAGAAAGAUGAUAAGAUUAUAGCAGUCUGUGCUGAUGACCCUGAAUUCCGUCACUACACGGACAUCACGGACCUCCCCCCGCAUCGCCUUCAAGAGAUCCGCCGCUUUUUUGAAGAUUAUAAGAAGAAUGAAAACAAAGAGGUUGCAGUGAAUGAGUUCCUCCCAGCAAAAGAUGCCAUCAACGCAAUCAAGUACUCGAUGGACCUGUAUGGCUCAUACAUCAUUGAAAGCCUGAGGAAGUGAUUUCCAGCUGCUUGAUUGUGGAUGCUACAUCAUUUUCUCAACAGCUCAUCGAGAGUACCGUAGUACGACAUAUGUUAACACGCACGAACUGGAAUCAUGACCAAGGGGGAUAUUACCUUUUGUUCACGUUGAAACAAUCGGCAGUGGCUUCUCUUUCCAUUAUAUGUCAUGUCAAAUCAAGGCACUUGGCCCUGAAAUCUUUGUGGUCAAGUCAAACCAGCACUUUGACAGAACGAUUGCUGGAUGCCUGGAUUACUGUUACAUAAAUGCCCAUUUGCUGUACUUCAUUUCUUAUUCUGAGAUGCAUCCUAUUUACCGUGA